ACUCAUGUGACCCCGGUGCCGGUUAAAAGCGCCGGCGAGCAUCCGCGAGCACAGCGGGCGACCUGAGCGACAGCGCGGGUGUGAGAAUGUCUCUGUACCGGAACUCAGCAUGGUUCCUGAAAGGACUCACCGAAUUCACCAAGGGGGCAUUUCUGUCGGUGUCUAAAAACUUUGUUGAGAAGGACCUGGAGACGUCAAUGGCGGGCCGAUCCUUCAUGAUCACUGGAGCGAACAGCGGGAUCGGGAAAGCCACGGCCAUGGCCGUCGCCAAGAAAGGUGGUACCAUCCACAUGGUCUGCAGGAACAAGGACAAGGCAGAAGAAGCCAGAGCAGAGAUCGUCAAGGAGUCUGGAAACAAGGAAAUCUAUGUGCAUAUUUUGGAUCUUACCGAGACCAAGAAGGUGUGGGAGUUUGAGGAGUCUUUCAAGAAAAAGUACAAAACCCUCAACGUCCUGAUCAAUAACGCCGGUUGCAUGAUGACUAAGAGGGAGGUGAACGGCGAGGGUUUGGAGAAAAGCUUUGCAAGCAACUCCCUGGCCGUGUACAUCCUCAUCAAGAGCCUCAUUCCUCUGCUGGAGAAGAGCCCUGACCCCAGAGUGAUCACAGUGUCAUCCGGAGGGAUGCUGGUGCAGAAACUGAGAACAGGAAACCUGCAGUCUCAGAGGGGCAGAUAUGACGGCACUAUGGUGUAUGCACAGAACAAGAGGCAGCAGGUGGUGAUGACGGAGCAGUUUGCUAAAGCUCACCCCAGCAUCCACUUCUCCGUGAUGCACCCCGGCUGGGUCGACACGCCGACCAUUGCGAAUGCGAUGCCUGAUUUCCACAGCUCCAUGAAGGAGCGCUUGCGGACACCGGAGCAAGGGGCCGAUACGGUCGUGUGGCUCGCUGUGUCCGAGGCGGCUGUCAAGAAUCCCAGCGGCCGUUUUUUUCAGGAUCGGCAGGUGGCGUCGGCUCAUCUUCCCUUGGCCUGGACGCACAGUUCACAGCUGGAAGACCAGAAAUUCAUGAGCGUCAUGGAGGAUCUGGCCAAAAGCUUCCAGCCUCACUAAAGAAACUCGCCUGAAACGCAGCUGCAUCACAGACGGCGAACACCAACUAAUAGACGAGAUUUUUAACAUUUUAGACACUCACCCAUAAAGCCGUGUGAAUGUACUCACAGUGUCUCACAGAUUUUUUUUUAGCCGUAGAUUAAACGUCCUCCAGAACUCUGAAAGCUUGAAGGUGUGAACGACCGCUCAAUAAACGAUCGAAUAUGUUUAAGUCUGUUAUCUCGACGACUACUUCCUGUCCUGCUUCCUUGUACGUUUCAGUUCUCCCCUGUCAUAGGUCACGCCAAACGCAGGAAUGGCUCCUUUUUCCCCCGACAGCUCGUUCUGACACCAUGUGAUCAAUCUCAGCCAAUCACAGUGUGACCUCACUCUCACUGUGUCGGUGACUCCAGCGAAUCAGGUCAAUCAGGUGGGAACCCGUACUGACCGGAGUCACCCCAGCUGUCAAUCACUCACUCAACCAAUCACCUGGUGCAGCACAAAAAAAUGGCUGAAAAGGACACUUCCUGCUUUUGGAGGCCUGUGAUUGGACGUUUCUUUGGUUCGAUAGUGUCACCUGAUGUUCCAGAGAACGAGGAAGUGAUGCAGAGUUGUUGUUUUUUUUAAUCAGUAUUUGUUCUCAUAGUAACAUUUUAUUACAUUUCUACAUACAUAGAUUGGGUUAAUUAUUAAUUAUGACUGUACUUUAACAAAUCUUUGACAAACAUUAAUAAAUGACUUUGAAGGUG